AUGGGAAGGGAGGGCUGGGCGGCGGCCAUUGUCGGGAGUGUGGGACAGGAGUGGGAUGUCGAGAGGAGGUUUCGGGUUACGGAGGUUGCGCUGGCAAUUAUGUGGUGCUGUGCAUCCGCAUAUCUUUCUUAUUUCUUUGCUGAUUGUAUGAUGUCUCGAUGGCUUUUGAAUUACACCCCGCCUGCCGUUGUAAUCCGGCUUUUGACAACGAACGGGUUAAUUGCAUAUAUCACUUCAUGGGUUCUCUAUCUUUCCGGCGCAUCUUCUGAUCCACGACUUCUUCUACCCGCCUGGAUCUCCAUUACAACCACCCUAACAUUCGUCUACCACGCAACACAAAACCACGCCACAAUCAAACGCGAAACAGCCGCCUCCUUACUCGUUGUCUCCGUCGCCAGUUUCCUCAGCAUGUCCUCGCUCCUCCUCCAGCUCCAUCUAACCCGCGAGAAUGAACCCGAAGUCCCCGUCUUCGUCAUCACCCGCAAACUAUGGGACUGGGCCGUCGCCAUCUUCCUGCGCAUGCGAGUCGCGGAUGGUCGAGCCGUCGGUGAACUAUAA